AUGCACUCUAAGCUUUUCAUCCCCCCAGACACAACAGUAGCCACCCUAUCGAACCGCCCAUUCCACGUAUACGACGAAGAAUUCCUAGAUAUCAUCGGCCCAAACCCAAGCCUGACUCUGAUCGCCCAGACUGCAAAGGACCCUUUAUUCCACGAGGCUGUCACCUGGUCCCGCGCCACAAACGAAAUAUUCUUCGUGCAAAACGCCGGCGCAAGAGACGCAGGGACGGGUCUCAACAAGUCCGCCAUCGUGCAGAAGAUCUCCCUUGAGCAGGCCGAGGCCGUGGCCAAUCUGACGAAUGCAACUGGGCUUGUGGAUGUUGUUACUGUGAAUCCGACGCAGUUGAUUCCGAAUCCUAAUGGAGCGACGAAUUUCCGAGGCAAACUGAUCUUCACUGCGGAGGGACAGGGCGAGGAUAUUGCGCCUGGUCUGUUUGUGAUGGAUCCCAGGGAGCCUUAUGCUACCAAGCCCCUGCUCAACAACUUCUUCGGCCGCCAAUUCAACUCCCUCAACGAUGUCAACGUCCACCCCGUCAACAAGGACGUCUAUUUCACUGACACGAUCUACGGCUACGUCCAGGACUUCCGGCCGGCACCGGGACUGCAGGAUCAGGUGUACCGUUUCAAUCCGGAUACGGGGGCCGUGAGCGUCGUGGCGGACGGAUUUGUGCAUCCAAACGGCCUGACCUUCUCCCCUGAUGGAAAGUACGCCUACAUAGCUGAUACAGGAAUCGCCUAUGGAUUCUAUGGAACGAACCUUACUGAGCCCGCUUCGAUUUACCGCUUCGACGUAUUGGAAGACGGGACAUUUGAAAACCGCAAGACAUUCGCAUUCAUAAGCGCUGGCAAUCCCGACGGAAUCCACUGUGACACAAAUGGAAACGUCUACGCGGCUUGCAAAGACGGCGUGCAGGUCUUCAACCCGUCUGGAAAACUCAUCGGCAAGAUCUGGUUGGGGACGCAGUCAGCGAACUUCAACUUUGCAGGCAAGGGUCGCAUGGUCAUAGCUGCUGAGACGGAGCUAUUUUAUGCAACAUUGAAGGCAGAUGGCGGAUUUGUGGAGAGCGAGUUAUAA